AUGGACCGUCAGCGAUGUUCCCUGCCUGUCGAGUCGUUCAACUUUUACGCCAAGUACAUCAACCUGACGUUCCAACCACCGGGAAUCUACUUCAACAACUUCAAGUUCAAGAUUCCGCAGUACACCCUGAGCAGCGUAGAGCCGCGCGACUGCUCCUAUCACUACCAGUACGAGAACUCAUACCUGAACCACACCUGUGUCGAGGCCAGCUUCAUCUUCGACCGCCAGUUCAGCUACUACUUCGUGCAGAUGUACCUGCCGUCCAUCCUGAUCGUGCUCGUCUCCUUCCUCAGCUUUUGGAUCCCGGUGGAGAACGUCUCCGGCCGCGUGAUGCUGGGGGUGACCUCGCUGCUGACUCUAGCCACACAGUUCACCACCGCCCAGCGCUCCCUGCCACCCGUCUCUUACAUGAAAGCCAUGGACGUCUGGAUGUUCUUCUGCAUCGUCGUCGUGUUCUUUGCCAUGGGGGAGUUCACGCUGGCUUACAGCUUCAAGAACCUGCGGCUGGGCGUCGGCAGCCGGGUGAGGCCGUUGCUAGUCAGACCGAGGAAGGUGGCCACCAUUACAGUGCUCCCCGGGGACGCAGAGGUCACCAAACGGCGCAUCGCCUUCGGUGCGACGGCAGACUCAGAAGAGCAGCUCGAUCAGAAUGAGGGCCUAGUGAACCGCUUUCUUAGCUGGCUCAACAAAGCAUAG